CCACAAAGCGCACAGCUGCUUGGCCCAGAGGGCUAGGACAGAGAACAGAUCGCGGCCACCCGCCUCGGUGGCCCGGGACUCGGCUCGAUUCGCCGGAGAAUGCGCCCGAGGACGACGGGGCGCCGGAGUCGCGGUGGUUUCGACUGUCGAGCGCGAAUGGGGGUGCGCUGGAAUAAGACAGAGUGAUGCGGGGGGGCAACUCGCCAAGCACCAAGAUCGCCACUGCCGCUGCGCCCCUCCCAGGACCCGGCGUCGACCAGGAUGGCUGCCCCGAGUCAUGGGCCGCGGCGGAGCUAGCGCGGAGCGCUCGACUCUUGUGCCCUGUGUCCCGGAGUCGGCCCCGCUCGGGGCCACGAGUCUUGUGGGCGCUGAUUCCUAAGGACUACAGCAGCACCAGCUUUCCAUUUCUCCCUUCCCUUCCCUGUCCCGCACUCCUCCCCCUGCUCGCUGUUCUUGUGUGUCAGCACUUGGCUGGAGACUUCUUGAACUUGCAGGCAGAAUAAUUUGCGCUCCCCACUUCACGCCGGUGCCUCUGCCCCACCGGGGCCAGUCUUGUCGCCUCGGAUCCCCGCCGCCGCUCCACUCUUCUGCCAGGCCGGACGCUGAGACGCCGUUCUCAGCGCGGAAAGGGGGACUGACCGGUCGGCGCCCGGUAGGAGGAGGAAGCAAAGGAAGGGAGCGGACACCCAGUCCCCGCGCCAGGUCCUUUGGCUAGAGUAUUUUCCAUGUGGAGGCUCUUUCAAUGGACGUGUCCCCGCGUGCUUCUUAGACGGUCUGCGGUCUCCUAAAGGUCGACCAUGGUGGCCGGGACCCGCUGUCUUCUAGCGUUGCUGCUUCCCCAGGUCCUCCUGGGCGGCGCGGCCGGCCUCAUUCCUGAGCUGGCCCGGAGGAAGUUCGCAGCGGCGUGGGGCCGUUCCUCGUCCCAGCCCUCGGACGACGUCCUGAGCGAGUUUGAGUUGCGGCUGCUCAGCAUGUUCGGCCUGAAGCAGAGACCCACACCCAGCAGGGACGCCGUGGUGCCCCCCUACAUGCUGGACUUGUACCACCGCCACUCGGGCCAACUGGGCGCGCGCGCCUCAGACCACCGGCUGGAAAAGGCAGCCAGCCGCGCCAACACGGUGCGCAGCUUCCACCACGAAGAAUCUUUGGAAGAACUUCCAGAAACAAGUGGGAAAACAGCCCGGCGAUUCUUCUUUAAUUUAACAUCUAUCCCCACUGAGGAGUUUAUCACCUCAGCAGAACUUCAGGUUUUUCGGGAACAGAUGCAGGAAGCUUUGGAAAACAGUAGCAGUUUCCAUCACCGAAUUAAUAUUUAUGAAAUUAUAAAACCUGCACCAGCCAACUCAGAAUUCCCCGUAAUGAGACUUUUGGACACCAGGCUGGUGAAUCAGAAUGCAAGCAGGUGGGAAAGCUUUGAUGUCACGCCUGCUGUGAUGCGGUGGACCGCGCAAGGACAUGCCAAUCACGGCUUUGUGGUGGAAGUGACCCACUUAGAGGAGAAUCAGGGUGUCUCUAAGAGACACGUUAGGAUUAGCAGGUCUUUGCACCAAGAUGAACACAGCUGGUCACAAAUAAGGCCAUUGCUAGUAACUUUUGGCCAUGAUGGAAAAGGACAUCCUCUCCACAAAAGAGAAAAGCGUCAAGCGAAACACAAACAGCGGAAACGCCUUAAGUCCAGCUGUAAGAGACACCCUUUGUAUGUGGACUUCAGUGACGUGGGGUGGAAUGACUGGAUCGUGGCACCGCCAGGGUAUCACGCCUUUUACUGCCAUGGGGAAUGCCCUUUUCCCCUGGCAGAUCACCUGAACUCCACUAAUCACGCCAUUGUUCAGACGUUGGUCAAUUCAGUUAAUUCUAAGAUUCCUAAGGCAUGCUGUGUCCCAACAGAACUCAGUGCUAUCUCCAUGCUGUACCUUGAUGAAAAUGAAAAGGUUGUAUUAAAGAACUACCAGGACAUGGUUGUGGAGGGUUGUGGGUGUCGUUAGCACAGCAAAAUUUUAUACAUAUAUACACGUUGGUAUGUGUGUGUGUGUAUAUAUAGAUAUAUUUUAGAAAAAAAGCAAAAAAAAAAAAAACAAGUUGACACUUUAAUAUUUCCCAAUGAAGACUUUAUUUAUGGAAUGGAAUGGUAAAAACACAAAAUAUUUUGAAAAUAUAUUUAUAUCUACAAAAAGAAGUUGGGAAAAUAAAUAUUUUAAUCAGAGAGUUAUUCCUUAAAGAUUUUAAAAUGUAUUUAGUUGUACAUUUUAUAUGGGUUCAACCCCAGCACAUGAAGUAUAAUGGUCAGAUUUAUUUUGUAUUUAUUUACUAUUAUAACCACUUUUUAGGCAAAAAUAGCUAAUUUGUAUUUAUAUGUAAUCAAAAGAAAUACCGGGUUUGUACAUAAUUUUCCAAAGAUUGUAGUUGUUUUCAGUUGUGUGUAUUUAAGAUGAAAAGUCUACAUGGAAGGUUACUCGGGCAAAGUGCGUAGCACAUUUGCUUUUUUGCAACGCUACUGUUAAGGUCACAAGUUCAAGUCCAGAGAAAAAAAAAGUGGAUAAUCCACUCUGCUGACUUUCAAGAUUAUUUUAUUAUUCAUUUCUCAGGAAUGUUGCAGAGUGGUUGUCCAAUCCACGAGAACUCACAUCCUCAUUAGAUGGAAUAUUUGGGUAAGAACCAGACAUGGCUGAUCUAAUAUAGAUAGCAACCCCUCUCUUUUAAUUUGCAGAAAGAAUAAAGCAGGGCCAAUAGAAAUAAUUAGGAAAAUGAUGAAUCUGCAGGAAAGUGAAUGAUGGUUUGUUGUUCCUCUUUCCUGAACUAGCGAUCCCUUCAAAGGGGCCGGUCUGGCCAAACUAUUAAAUAAAACAUAAGAUUUCUUCAUUAUUGAUAUUGUGGUCAUGUAUAUUUAAGGUUGAUUUCCAGUGGCCCUCAACAUGAGUUGGAAAUCAAUUUGUAUUUUAUUUUUACCUCGGCUAGGAGCUCUUUAUGCUCAGAAGUAACCCAAUUUUCUAACAUUGCCCAACCUACGGCAAAACUGCGUCCAUCAUGUUCUCUUUCCACCCACCGUUCUCUGUCUCAUCAGCUUGCUUUCCCACACAGGGUUAUGAGUUUGAACACAUUUCUUCAAAUGUUAAACCUAUUUCAGAUAAUAAAUAUAAUAGCUGUAGCAUGUCAUUCUACAGAGU